CAGGAGCGUCGGCGGAUCAAAGAGACUGUUGGUCUAGACUUUAUAUGUCUAUGCCGAAACGUCGGAAACACGAAGAAAAAAACAAAAAAAAACAUAUAUAAAUAACCAAAUUAAACAUAACCUCAAAAAACUGCAUGAAAGGUGGAAUGUCAAUAUUUGUUCUAAAGUAAAAAAGUUUCUUCCACAAAGGAAGGAAUAAAGUGAUACAAGAUAUUUGGAAAACGUCAUGGUUAAUAUUACAAAAGGAAUUUUAGUUCAAUGUGAUGAAGCUAUGAAACAAUUGAUCUUGGAUCUGGACGAGAAACAGACUUUGGGCCAAAAAUUUAUUAUUCAAGAUUUGGACGAGAGACACUUAUUCAUUUCUGCCGAAAUUCUGGAAGCUUUGAGAGGAAAAAUUGAAGAUCUUGGUGGCGAAAUUUCAGUUCCAACGGGAGAGAAGACUAAUUAAAUUUUGCAUUCGAAAAGAUUAAAAAGAUUUUGU